AUGCUUUCUGAAACAAGAAAAGUAAAACAAAAAGCGGUCAAUUCAGAUACUGAAACAAAUGGAGGUGGCCCUACUGGCUUUAAUAACAAGUCUAAUGAAUUCCACUCAACCAAAAAUGUUGCGAAGAAAGUUGUUUCUUCAAUUAAUCAAAUGUCCGUCUGUUGUUUAAAUAAUUUUAAUAAUAAUAUUAGGAAAAGUGAUUUGAAGCCAAGGCAGGUUGCACUUCAUAGAUCUUCUCGGACUAAAAAUGCCAGAUCCAAUGAUAAUGAAAUUGAAAAAGAAGAUUUCGUGAAAUCUCCUGUCAAAAAACAACGAUACAAUAAAAAGAAAGAUAUAGCAGCUUAA